GCGAGAGAGAAGAUAGCUCAAUACUCGAUCAUGGCAGCCACCUCUUCUUCCAGCGUUAAGCUUUCAGUCCUUGUGGUGGUGCUGGUAGCGAUGAUCCUAUUGGAGUCGAUGCCGACGGCGACGGCCGCCGUGAGCUGCGGGAGUGUGUACGGGAAGCUGACGCCGUGCACGAGCUACGUCUCCGGCGGAGGCCGCACCGGGCCAUCUAUCUCCUGCUGCAGCGGCAUCAGGAGCCUCAACUUCAGCAUCAAGCUGCGGUCCGACCGCCAAGCCGCCUGCGUCUGCCUCAAGAGCCUUGCUUCCCGCUUCGCCGGCGCCGUCAACUACGGCGUCAUCAGCUCCCUCCCCAAGAAGUGCGGCGUCAACCUUCCUUACCCCAUUUCCAGCAACAUCAACUGCAACAGGAUUGGCUGAAGUAAGUAGCAGACGGUGCAACUCUAUGCUCGUCCCGGUGAUGUUGGGAAUGGGCCGUGGUUCACGAUGCUGAGGAAGAUCCUUUAGUUUGGUUGUUUCUGUGUCUUGAAGUUAGAGAGAGAAAAAAAAUGCAGUGCCAUCUCUCUCAUUUUUCAUUGUAGUGGUAGAACUGCAUGUCUUGUUUUCGUUUUCUAGUAUUCAGUAAUAAAUUCGUGAACAUUUGACA